CAAAUUCGAACGGCGCAGUCAGUGUCUGAGUCGAUAGGAGGUAUUUCACGGUGGGAUUUCUUUUUCUCCCCACUCUCUCCUGACUGAGGCUUUUUACUCCGAGUAUGGCAGCUGUUACUCCAAGAAAAAGAAAACGCUGUUACAAUAGUUUACAGCUGGUAAAUGAGACUCCAGUGAAAAGACUGAGGAUGGAAUUCACUGAAGAAGCAUCUCCAACAAAAAAACCUAGUUUCCAAGAUAAAGAAAGCCAGCACUUUCUUGAAAAGUCAACCAGCUUGGAGAAACUUAAUACUUCACCACUGCAGACAGCAGAUGUACCAAAAGUAAAAUCAAAUGCAUUCCCACAGAGAAUAUCUCCGGUGUCUGGCACUAUAUAUAAUUCCACUGUGCCAAUCAAUUCCUUUUACAGUAAAGGAAAUAUAUUUCAAAGUAUAUUGGAAAGAAAACAAGCAAAGGAGUGUCAUAUAAAUUCCAGAAACGAUUACGCAAGUUUACCUAUUGCUAACAAGACAGAAGUGGUACAGGCCAAGAUGCAACAUCUUAAAACUUCCGAGCACUUAGCUAUUUCCAAACAGGCCAAGACCUUAUCAAGAAAUACCAAAAAAGCUAAAAUGGAAAUUGCUGUCCCUAAGCCUAGGGGGAAGGAGAAUAAAAAUUAUGCUGUAGAAAAGAAAAUAGAAGGUCCUUCCAGAGUUCUAACCAUGAAGUUCAAACCUAUGUUAAGACUCCAGACAGGGGCAGCAUUUUUUGCCACUGGAAAGAGGGGGAACGGUGACUCUAAGAAGCUGUUUUCACCACGAAAAUCUCUCCAAUUUGUUAACAAUACCACAGAAAGCAAGAAGCAGGACAAUCUUCUCACAAAUACCAAAAUGUGCUUAUCUUCUGAAAGUAAAGCAGCUAAAACUGGCAGGAAAGAAAACCAAGCAGAUGCAUCCUCAAAAGAAAAUCUUGAUAUUAAGGAUAAGAAGACACUAACAUGUAAUAAAAGUCAUAUUAAGGACCCUUUGUGUGAAGUGAAAUCAUUGCCAAAUUCUGGGCUUCUUCAAAUUUCUCCGUCUGGUUCCUUGGAGUCCCCAGCUCAGAAAGAAACUGAUGCCAGGAAAGAGGUUUUGGACGAUAUCUCAAAGAAACCAUCUGACAAUACAAACAAUUAUAAGAUUGCCUCUUCCAACAAUGUCCAUUCUUUAUUCAGAACAUUUUCCAGCAACAAAAAAAGUCUACAGACUCUUCCAGAUGAACAACCAUCAUCACAUGUGGAACCAAGUCCAGUAAAGCAGAAGUCUCCCUCCAUACUAAAAAUCAACAAGAAGGCAAAAGUAUUGUCCAAAGGCUUGAAGGAUCAAAUGAUCAUUGAUGCUGGUCAAAAACAUAUUGGUGCCACCAUCUGCAAAUCAUGUGGCAUGGUUUAUUCAGCUGCCAACCCAGAGGAUGAAGCACAUCAUGUCCAGUAUCAUCAAAGAUUUAUUGAGGGAAUAAAAUAUACAAGCUGGAAGAAUGAACAUGUAGUUGCAGAAUACUGGGAUGGAAAAAUUAUCUUGAUUCUACAGAAUGAUCCAAAAUAUGUUAUCAAAAAGGCUGAUGACAUACGCAAACUUGUAGACAAUGAACUUGGUUUCAAACAUGUGGUACAGACUCAUCCAUCACAGACUAAAACAUAUUUGUUUGUAUCCAAUGAAAAAAAGAUAGUUGGCUGCUUAAUUGCUGAGCCAGUCAAACAGGCUUUCCGAGUGCUUUCAGAGCCCGCAACAGUGGGAUCCCCUACUAAAAACAGCCUAGAGCAUCAGCGUGCCUGGUGUUGUUCAACAAAGCCAGAAAAGGUCUACUGCGGGAUUAGCCGAAUCUGGGUAUUCAGCCUGAUGCAGAGGAAGCACAUUGCUAGCCGUCUGGUGGAUGUGAUGAGGCAAACUUUUUUAUUUGGCUGUUACCUAAGCAUCAAUGAAAUCGCCUUUUCAGAUCCAACACCAGAUGGGAAACUAUUUGCAGCAAAAUAUUGCCAAGUACCCAACUUCCUUGUUUAUAAUUUCAUUAGUUAAGACUAGAUUUGUACAAAUGCAAAGUAGAGUUAAUGAGCCCAUCUCUUUCAGCAAGGACUAUUUUAUAAAAUGUGGUUAGGGCAUUGUUUUCUGCUUUAAUGUGUUAAAGUAAAUUUGAGUUAGUAGCAUACCAGGUAUGUAUUUGGUAUGUGAAUUGUUUAAAAAGUUAAUUCUGAAAGUUAAAUUCCAAAAUUGGUGUUAGAAUGUGUAAGAAAAUAACUCCUAAUUGCUCUAGGUCUUUUUUGUACUACCUUCAGUGUAUUCUAGCAAAUAUACUGAUUUCUUUCAGACUGAGGAGAUUUAGUAAAAGAAACUCAUGCUGAGACUGAAUAAGCAGGGUUGAAAAAUGUAUUAAGCUAUCUGUUAAUUUCCAGCACUUUUUAGCAGUGAUUAUAUUGGCUAUGGCUGUUCAGCAACAUCUAGAAUAAUUUUUUUAUAGGAGGAAAUAAACUGUAAGAGGUAUUGUAAUGCUGCUAUGAACUAAAAUUUUAAAAUUAUUUUUGCACCUGUUCAUGGAAGCACAUUAUCGAAACUAGCUUUUGAAGCUUUGAAAGUGUUGGCGGCGACUGCAGAAGUUGCAUAGACUAUGUCUGACAACAACUGCAAUUUUGCACUAAACAUUGUUGGAUCAAGUCUGUUCAAAUAAAUAUUUUUCUGUAUUAAGCAUUCUUUGAUAUGUAUCUGCAAUAGUAAAUGUUUGUUUACAAAAUGUAUAUACUGUUCCAAUCAAUCAUCUCUAGUUAACCAUAAACAGAGGACCUGCUAGUUCCUCUUUUGAGUCUUUCAUGAUCAAAUGUUCUCUUUAUGCACAUUUGAUCAUAAAAUAACCUGUCUGCUACCACACAGAAAUGAGUAAAUUGUGCAAUCUAUACAUACAAACUUA